AAGUGGCGGCGGAGAGGCCCGGAAGAGUGGGGUGUGAAGAAGAAAGAGUUGCCAGGCCGGGCAUGGGGCGCGGCGGGGGCUGUGGUUUGCUGUAGCCCUAGGCUCGGCCUGCGAGAGCUUCCUUCUUUCUCCUGCCCCCGAGCAGUCUGAGGAGGAGGAAGUGGUGUCGGUGCAGCGACCUGCUUUUCUCUAUCUCCUAGCUGGGGUCGCGCGGGGCUAUCGCUUCCUAAGCUCUCGCAUCUCUGGGUUCCUGUUUAAGGGGGGGGGAGGUGUUUGUCCAAAAGCGGGAAUCCGAGUAGUUGCUCAAUUCUUCCCGUGCUCAGUUACAGGCUUCGGGCGGCACUUUCUGUAGAUUGAACCCAAUAGUCUUCUCUUCCGCCUUGAGAAACUUAGUGUGUGGCCUUUGUUGCCGUUUUGCUUCCCUCCAAGACGAGGGUUAAGUGGUUUACAGCUUGUCUUUGCCUGCCAGGCCUCUGUCCUACCAUUUCUGAGGAAUUCUGGCUCCUUGUCCCCCUUUCUCUUCCUUCCUUCCUUCCUCCCCUCUUCCCGCAGUGUCAAAACAUAAACACCUGCUGCUGCCGAGAGUAGUUUAACCUUUGUCUUCGGGAGUUUACAGUUUGCUGAGUUUUGCAUUUCAAAUCAAGGUCCCGAUUACUGCGAGGCUAUUUGGUACUCCCCCCCCCCACCCAUUCCCUCUUUCUGAAUGUGCCAUUUUUUAAAAAAAGAACCAUCUACCUUUGUUUUUAUUUGGAUGAGAUGAAAGUGACAGUUUGUUUUGGCAAGACGGGGAUUGUAGUUCCUUGUAAAGAUGGACAAAUCCGGGUUAGAGAUUUAACCCACCAGGCUCUACAGAGGUACUUAAGAACCAAAGAAAAGAAUCCUUCACAUUGGGUGAAUGUUCACCAUCUGGAAUACACAGAUGGCGGAAUCCUGGAUCCAGAUGACAUCUUGGCAGAUGUUGUGGAAGAUAAAGAUAAGUUGAUUGCCAUGUAUGACGAACAAGAUGCAUUCCCCAAAUCUGAUGACACCAAUGGUAGUUUAACAGAAGGCAACAGCCCAGAUGCUUUUGAGACUGAUGUAGCUGCCCAGCUAGCAGCAUUUCAACCUAUUGGUGGAGAGAUAGAAGUGACAUCAUCUGCUCUGAAAUUAGGUACUCCACUUUUGGUUAGAAGGAGUAGUGAUCCAACUGUGGGACAGCCAGCUGAUUUUGUGCCAGGAACUUCACAUGCUAAUCACUAUAUUUUGAAGUCCUCUGUGUCAUGUUCAGCACAAUCAUCUUCAGAAGCCUGGGAUUUCACUACACAUAAUAAUACACUGACUUCUCAGAAAACAAAACUUAAUUUCAGUGGUAUGACAAGAAUCGUAGAAAUAUCUGGGGAAGGAGGCCCACUGGGGAUACAUGUGGUACCAUACUUUUCAUCAUUAAGUGGAAGGAUUUUAGGACUCUUCAUCCGUGGUAUUGAGGAAAAUAGCCGGUCUAAGCGGGAUGGACUUUUCUAUGAAAAUGAAUGCAUUGUGAAAAUUAACAAUAUUCAACUUGCAGAUAAAACCUUUGCACAAGCACAAGACCUUUUCCGCCAAGCAAUGAAAUCUCAGAACAUCAUCCUGGAAGUUGUCCCUUCGUAUGGCCGUGAACAAUAUGAAAAGUCAGUCAUCGCACCAUUGUACUCCCCAAAUAAAGCUGAACAUAUUUCCAAAGGAAAGUUUCCAUUUGCAGCCUAUCCAAAGCUGAUGAUGAAAGAGACAGAUUUCUCUGAAGCAACUGAUCUAGAGACUAAUACACAUGCAUCUUCCAAGAGUCCUCUCUUCUCAAGAAUUAAUACGAAACCUCCAUCACCAUCUUUAUCCCCAUUGAUGGGGUUUGGCAGCAAGAAAAAUGCAAAGAAAAUAAGGGUUGAUCUCAAAAAAGGACCUGAAGGCCUAGGUUUUACAGUGGUCACCAGGGACUCCUCCAUACAUGGUCCUGGCCCUAUAUUUGUAAAGAAUAUUUUGCCUCGAGGUGCAGCAGUUAAAGAUGGCCGUUUGCAUUCAGGAGACAGAAUACUGGAGGUGAAUGGUAGAGAUAUCACUGGCAGAACUCAAGAAGAACUUGUAGCUACUCUAAGAAGCACAAAACAAGGAGAGAUAGUUUCCCUGGUCAUUGCUCGCCAGGAAGAAACCUUUCUGCCCCGAGAACUGAAAGGAGAACCAUGUUGCAACAUUUUUUCAUUUGAGGCAACAGAGCAAUUGACUUUUGAAAUUCCUUUGAAUGAUUCUGGUUCAGCUGGACUUGGCGUGAGCUUAAAAGGCAACAAAUCUCGAGAGACAGGGGCAGAUCUUGGAAUUUUCAUCAAAUCUAUCAUCCAUGGUGGUGCUGCAUAUAAGGAUGGGCGGUUACGAAUAAAUGACCAGCUUAUUGCAAUAAAUAGUGACUCUUUGCUUGGAAAAUCAAACCAUGAAGCCAUGGAGACUUUGAGGCGUUCUAUGUCUAUGGAAGGAAAUAUUCGUGGCAUGAUACAACUGGUAGUUCUCAGGAGGCCAGAAAGGCAAAUUGAAAUGGAAUGCAAAGAACCUGAUAUAUUAUUUCCAAAAGCAGAGGUUGAAGGGAAUAUUAAUUUCACAAGCACUCCUAAGCAAAGUGAUGCUGCUGUACAGUGCUUUGUUACAUAUUGCCCACCGGAGAAGUUAAGAGAGUUUGAAAGUGGCACAGCUGAAAAUGAAGUCCCACCCCCUUUGCCUUCACACCCUAGUGAGAAGCUAUUCACAGAUUAUAAUCAUAGCAUAAUAGCAGAUUCAAAGACUUUUUUGCCAGAUCAGCCCAUCAACUUCAGAUCUUUGUCCAAACAGACGGAACCAAUUAACCUGAAAGCCUGUAAGAGCAUGGAUAUUGUGGCAGAUGAAAGUAAAGUUGUCUUAUUGACUGCUCAGAAACUAGAAUCUCCUAGUAAGGAUAUUGGCCCCACCCUGGGAUUAAAAAAGUCGAGUUCCCUAGAAAGUCUCCAGACAGCUGUUGCUGAAGUAAAAAAGAAUGAGCUUCCAUUCUACAGGCCUAGGCCUCACAUGGUCCGUGGUAGGGGAUGUAACGAGAGUUUCAGAGCUGCCAUUGAUAAAUCCUAUGAUGGACCUGAUGACAUGGCAGGAGAUGGUCUGUCAGAUAAGAGUUCCCUUUCUGGUCCAGAAGGUCAGAACUUUGCAAAAGCCUUUCACACAAAUUCUGACUUAGAAGAUAUGGAAGGAAAGACAAAAAAACCCAAGAAGACCAAAGAAAAAUUGAAAACAAAGGAAAAAAAUAAAAAAACGAAUCUCAAAAACAAAUUGAAAAUCAAUGAAAAGGACAAAAAAGAAGAGAAUGACAAUCCUGAAAGAAAAACAAAAAAGAAAAGCUUGGGUGCUAUGUUAAGGUAAAAAGUCUUUUUUAUAUUGUUUUCUGGUCUUAUAUUAAUUUGAACUUGAUUUAUUUGGCUUGAGGCCCCUGAGUGAGGUUGAGUAGAAGUCAAGCUCUAUAUCCAUUGAACAUUUACUAUAAAUGAAUACUAUAUAUGCUAAUUUUGCAAAUACAUCAGUUAAAUUGCCUAUUGGAAAAGGAGAAUAUAUUUUUCAACAUAUACUUGCUAAUUAUUUUGUUGGCACUUAUGACCUAUUUUUCCUUAAAAAAAAAGCCUAGAGAGAUGUUAUAACAAAUAAACUAUUGAUUUUGGAGCAAGCAUAAUGAAAGCAGUGAGACUUGAUUGACACAAGUUUGAAUGAAAUCUUACUGGUUGUGGUUGGUUUGCUUUUAGGAUGAUUCAGACUUAUCUUUAAAGUGCUUAAGUAUCAUAGUGUUAUAAACCACACAAACUAAAUAUUGUUGAAUGAAAAGUAGAUACGUUCUUGUGUGGAGCUCUGUAUUUAUUGACUGCAUCACUGCAGCUUUCUUGGGAAAAUUAUGUAAAUGAUUUGUCAUUUGUCUUGUGGUACUUUUUUUUUACUUCUUUAUCUGAGAAAAGGUAGGAAAGAAGAUCCUUCCAAACUCUUGCAGUUAAUAAAUGGGGCAGAGAAGCUCAGAAGUGAUUGUAGAUAAUAUUUGCCUAUGUUAAUGCUGGCAUCUUCUGCUUUCGGUAGUGCAUGUUUUGGAAGUCGCCUCUCAGCUUCUAGAGAAGUUAUGAAAUGUUUGCUUUGCCAGAAUAUGGGUUUGCUGAAUACUUUUAGAUGUUUCAUUUGACAUCAUUUUUAAGUUGAUGGAUAUUUUUUUCCUCUGGUACCUGCCUUAAAUGUUAGCCAUUCAGCACCUUUUCAUGAAUUCUUGAGCUUUAUUUCUGAAUGGCCUGUACUAUCAUGGGUAGAAGUAAACAUGUCUUUGAAAACAAAGAAGAAAUGUUCUCAGCCUCUGAAAGAACCCCUCAAAAGUGCAGUGAUGUCUAUUCUGUUCUCCAGAUGAAUAUAUAGAAACAUUAGAUAUAUUGUUACUGUUUUUUUUCAAAUCUUAAAGAUACCAUUUUGUGUUCAUGUCUUAUUUCAUUUCAUUCUUCAAAUUAAAGAGAAGUACUGAACAAAUUUGUCUUCCAUAUCUUGCAAGAACAACAAACUCCUUCAUCAGACUCUCAGGCAAUUAAAUUUGAUUUGACAUAAGAAGGCACUUUACUGGUGAUAAAGUUUCAUGUCAUUUGCCUCUGUAGGUUAUUCAGAAUGCUAAAAUAUAACUAUUUAGUUGAUAAAUAUUUAGAGUUACCAAGCUAUAUUAAGUGUUUCAGAUUAAAGCAGUGGUGGUUUAUAUACCUGCAGGCCUCAGAUGCUGUCCUGAAGAUUAUCUCUUCUAUCACAAUUAUAUCUUCAGGAAAAAUAUAUGCAUAUC